AUGUUUGCGAUCCAGAGCCCCAUCGGAACAACCUCGGCGCGAGAGGAAGCGAUCCGCGGCCGCGCCACCCCUGCAUGCUUUCCAUUUGCGCCUGACGAUGAUGCAGGUCAACAAGCGACAAUUCCAUAUGCAUCCAUGGCUGCUUUGGGGGCGCAGAGACGCAGCACACAUCUAGACUCAUACACGCCUAGAGCGUCCGGUGCGCUGCUGCUCCGCAUGCCUCAGAGGCUCCACCUCGUGCAGAUGCAGUUAGUCGGCUGUCUUGGGGCUUCGGGAGCGCUUCAGCCCAAUCAGCGGGCAGCGAAGCGUGGACCUGAUCCAAAGGAAACAAGGCCUGGCCUUAGCCCUCUAGCCACACUACAAAAGACCCGCACCCCCCGUCAACCAAAUAUUUUCAUCACCCACCUGGUCUCGCACCACGUAUAUAUUGCCCACAGACCUGCUGCCCACGACAAUACACCGCUUCUUCACCACGCAUCUGGCAGCUGCCCCAGCGCACCUCGCCGCUUUCCAGCUCUGAUUCCUCGUGGACCGCCAUCCACCGUUGCGACUGAUUGA